AACUCUGAAUGUCUUAUGCAAACAGCUGAGAUUUUUAGCAAAGCAGUGAAAUCCUCAUCAACAUUUCCUUCCUCAAACUGAAUACUCCAUAGCAAUCCGUUCAGUUUUUGCAGCUCAGUUGAACUUUGCCAAUUUGAAGAAUGUGACAUCACAUGCGCUAAGCUGUAAUUCCCUUUUUGUAUAUGUGCUUGUGUUUGCUAUGAAUGCUUGUCAUUAUUUCUAUAAACCAAUAUUCCACAUAAUGGUCAACACAUUGGCCUAUCACAAUGCCCAUUACACAGGAGAACGCUGCUUUUUAUUUCACUCUUCUACAUCAGUGGUUACAGGACAACCUAAACGUGCAACCCAAGGAGAUAGAAAAUACCGUUUAUCUUGCUGCCAUUCAGAAACUAAAGGAAUAUAUACAGUUCAACCUGAUAUUGGAGGAACGUCUGCUCGAGCUCAGUCAUGCUGCUUUGGAUGUGGAAAUCUGCACAGCUUCCGUCACCAAGACUGGAGAUAGUGAGGAUAAAGUUUUAGGCCUGAGUUUUGGAAAUAUCCCUAUAUUUGGCUAUUGUGGUGAAAAACGUGGAGGGAAAAAGAGGAGAGUACAGAAUGGACCAGUGCUUGAUGUUGGACAUAUCUGGAUAACAGACUUGAAAAAGCAGAGUCCAGCUGCCAAAUGUGGCAAAAUGAAGCUCCGGGAUGAGAUUCUGUCACUAAAUGGGCAGCUCAUGGUUGGCGUUGACGUCUGUGGCGCUAGUUACCUGGCUGAGCAGUGCUGGAAUGGAGGAUUCAUCUACCUGAUCAUGUUACGGCGCAUUAAACGGAAAGCUCCUCUUCCUCCCCUGAAUGGCAGAAGUAGCAUCACCUGUGAACCCAAAGCAAGUUCUACCUCACAGCAAAGUGUCAGAACAACACAGAAUGGCAAGAGAACUAGGAAGUUCGGAGUUAUCUCAAGGACAGUCGCUAAAGAGAGCAAGGAAGCGAAAGACAGCCAGGAUACGGCGCACGAGAAUGGACAUUACACCCCUAUGGAAGUUGAUUCUUCCCCCACUUGUGGAGAAGCUUCUGGAAAUAGUGACCAUACAAAGCUACAACCACAGAUUUCAGAAGGAGAUGAGCCACCACAAAGUCACCUUCCAGGAGUAGGAAAAAUGGAGUCAAAAUCAGUGGACUGUUCUGCACAGCGCGAAGGCUGCAGCAUAUGGAAGAUGCACAUGCUGAAGGGGUCUGAUGGUCUGGGAAUUCAGAUCACAGGAGGUCGAGGGUCGAAAAGGUCACCUCACGGUAUUAUUGUAGCACAUGUGGAGGAAGGUGGAUCAGCUGACAGGGAUGGCAGAUUAAAAUCAGGUGAUGAGCUACUAAUGAUAAACGGUCAGUCUCUGGUUGGGCUUUCUCACCAAGAAGCUGUGGCUAUUCUGCGAUCUGCGGUUGGCAUUGUACAGCUAGUAGUGGCCAGCAGGGAUGGCACGGAAGUUGAUUUUUGUAAAUAUCCAUCAUCCAGUUUGCCCGAUUUAGUGAGUGCCUGCUCUACCCAAGAUGCAUCUGUUUCCAAUGAAAACAAAGAAAAUGAGGAACCACAUGGAGAAGGUGGCAAGGAGGGUAUCACAUCCUCUUCAGACCAGACAGAUGUGAUGGAAAAUGACAAAGUCCAUGAAACAGAAUGUACAGAAAGCUCAAAGGAAGUCUGUCGGAGUCCAACAUUAGGCAAUAAUCUAUUGAAGUUCAGAAGUCGAUCACAAGGGAGUGGUAACCGCUUGGAGUCUGUGGGUGAAGAUGAUGAGCUGACUGUGGGAAAUGGGUACUUGUACAACGAUAAAGGAGAUAAAUUAUUACGUGGCGGUCGAAAGCAUUCACUUCCACAGCAACUUGACUCAACAGGAUCCAGGCAGGAAUACAUUGUUAAAAAGACUACUCGAUCUUUAAGCACGGCGCAGGUGGAGUCACCAUGGAGAUUGGCCCAGCCGUCUAUCAUCUCAAACAUUGUACUAAUGAAAGGACAAGGAAAGGGUCUUGGUUUUAGCAUCGUUGGUGGUCAGGAUUCUGCCAGAGGACGGAUGGGGAUCUUUGUAAAGACAAUUUUCCCAAAUGGAGCUGCUGCAGCAGAUGGGAGACUUAAGGAAGGAGACGAACUGCUUGAGGUUAAUGGAGAAUCAUUACAAGGGCUGACGCAUCAAGAAGCUAUUCACACAUUCAAGCAACUUAAGAAAGGCGUUGUGACAUUAACUGUUCGUACCAGGCUGCGCAGUCCUAGUCUGACACCUUGCCCCACCCCCACUCUAUUGAGUCGGUCCAGCUCACCUAACUCGUACAUUAGUAUUGGAACUUCUCUUCCUGCUUCAGAAGAAGGAGAUUCCGCUUCCUCCAAUCGUAAAGGACCGGGCCCCAAGGAUAGAAUCAUUAUGGACGUUACCCUUAAUAAAGAACCAGGAGUUGGCUUAGGUAUUGGAGUUUGUUGCCUCACGCUGGAAAAGAGCUCCCCAGGAAUUUAUAUCCAUAGUCUCGCACCCGGAUCAGUGGCCAAAAUGGACGGCAGACUGAGCCGAGGAGAUCAGAUUCUGGAAGCUGACUCAGUGAGCCUGCGCCAUGCUGCGUUAAGUGAGGCAUACGCCAUACUGAGUGAAUGUGGCCCAGGACCCGUUGGCUUGAUCAUUAGCCGUCACCCAAAUCCAAAGGUGUCAGAACAGGACAUGGAUGAAGCUAUCAGUCGUACAACCCACCGUGAAAGCAAAGACCCAACCCCCUCACACGUUGUGGGAUUCCAUUUAAAGAGCCCAUCACCUUCUGUGAAGCCAAAACAAGGCGAUGGAUCACCGUCCCUCAGCUGGACUAUGAAACGCUUCUUGGAACCUGCCAGUCGGGGGUCAGUAAGCUCAGAAUCGGAGCUGUCCCAGUACUUCUCUCAGGAUGUCCCCAGUCAGUCGUCACUUUCUGAUACGGCGGUCACCGGCUCUAGUGAUGAGGAACAUCUGCGUCUUAGAAGAUCAAACAGCUCGGUAGAGGACAACAGUGCUCCUUUGUCUGCUGCCACUUCUAAUGAAAAUGGAACAAUUAAAGGGCAAAGUACCUCCCCAUGCAAUGGAAAUAAUUCUUGUCCAUUUAACAAGCAGACUCUUGCCCGGCAGUCUAGUCAUAAUGGCAGCCCACAAUCAAUACGCAGCCCACUUUUACGCCAACGAGUUGUUUGUUAUGAUGAUGAUGAUGCCAGUGAGAAUGAUGACUUCAGUAAAAAGGAGGGCAGGCUACUGAAAGAUGGCAUGAAAAAAAAUGCAGAUGAGGAUUCUGGGAUAGUGAUGACAACGUCUUCCCUGGAUGUUGAUGAAGAAAUCCAGGAUAAUGAGCUUCCUACAAACACAGACAUUGGAACAUCAUUUUGUGGUAGCUCAUUGGAGUCUGAGGACAGUUCAUUGGAGCACAUGGUUGACUCUCCUUUUUUUGCAAUCAAAGCGUUUGAAUACUCAGGUAGAACUGAAGUACGCCCAAGUAGUCUGGGCAUUAAUCAACCUCUGGAAAGACAAUCUGAGAUCAAGAGGUCUCCUAAACUGGAACACAAAGCCAUCACUCGAGUAAAAAGCAUGAUGAGUACUGAAUGUCCAAAUUCAUCAAAGCAGAAAGUCGAGGAAACUGGCCAAGCCGCACAGCCCGUGGCAAAGACUGUUGCGGCAAUUGUAAAAAAUAAUGAAGGAAUAGACUUCUCAGGGAAAUGUGACACUGAGACAGUCAGGUUGCUUUGUAGCGAAUAUGAGUCCAUUGGACUGGAUUUGGAAAUAAAAGAAACUCCCAUGAGGGUUAUUAUAACUGGUUUGCGACCAGGUGCAGAGUCAGACAAGGAAUCUAUGGGAAAGUUAACUGUCGGCGAUGAGAUCUUAUCUAUUAACGGUAUUCAAGUGAGCAGUAUGUCGUACCAGGAAACUUGCGACUUUGUCCAGAGCUUGCCUUCAGCUGUAACAUUGGAAGUCCGCAAAACAGUAUCAGCUGUGGAUAGAUUAUCACACAUAAUAAUGGCAUCUGGUGUGGACCCUAACAGACUAGGUGAAUGUGAGAAAUCUACUGAACCACAAUUGCAUCAGAAUUCCCAGGAUACUGUAAAUGACAUUACCAUGUAUGAAAUAUCAUCAUCAUUAUUGCCUAUUUCGGGGACCAAUGAUGUACAAGAAUACAUUUUUCAUGGAAAUCAUAGCUCUGCAUUGGUCCAUUGUGGGGAGAGUCCAGUUACAAAUAUUGAUGAUCUCAUUGUUGACUUACAUUGUGAUAAAAUACAUUCUCAUAAUAGCCAAAACAGGGAUACCAGGGUAGUUGCAGAACAAGUUAACCUUUCAGAAUUUAAUAGUGAUAACAAUGUUAAUGGAUCAUGUACUGUCAUUCCAAAUAAUACAGAUGGCCUGGACCAAGCAGAGAAUAUAACUGGGUGCUCUAUUUUGGAUUCUCUAACUGUAGGAAAAAAGUUUGCUAUCAAUAAAAACAACCUGAUUAAUUACUCCAGAAAUUUUAGUAGUUUGAAUGAAGAUGAUUUCUCUUUGUCAGAACAAAUUGGAAGUAGCUCAAUAGAUCUACCUAAUUCAAUGUAUGCAGCUGCUGAGGAUUCUGACUCAGAGUCUUUACUGGAGAUCCCUUCUGACUCAACAAGUGAUAUGAUUUCUUCACUUCAGAAUUAUUCAUUUGUGUCUGAAAUGCAAACUGCUACAGAUUCCGAGGAUGAGUCUAUUGAAAUAUGUUGUUUUAAUAAAAAAGAGGACAUUGAAAUGCAGAAGAUACCAGAUUUACGCCCGAUUUAUCAAAUAAAAGAGGAGCCAAAGCAAUCUCAAGAAAACAUGCCUUCAUCAAGUGCAGGAAAUGUUCAAUACCCAAGCAACCAUCUAAUGUUUGAAAACACUAUUCAAUUAACACAUCCCUCAGCUCCACCAGUUGUGUCUUUGUUAAAUAAAGAGUCUCAGGAAUUUGUAGGGACAAUCCAUCAUGAAGAAAGUCCAAGAGAUUUGCAAAACUACAGUGCCUUUGUAACAGAAGAUAUAGCAAAUGUUGAACUGAAAGCGAAGGCUAUGGAUAAAUGUGAUUCUUCAAGUAGUGAAAUGUUGCCCUUGUGCAAAGAAGUUUUGGAUAUUUGCUCUAUCAGUUUUGUGAAAGAUAAGCAAAAUGUGGGACCUGAACAGUGUGAUCAUUACAAUCAAACUAUUAAGCCUUCUCUCAACUGCCAAGGUCAGGGUAAAGAUAAGAAAUGUGACAUUAAGACUAGUGUACAAGCUGUUAAAAAUAAUCCUCUGAGUGCCAAAACAUCUCCAAUUACAGGUAAAAGCAGCCAACUGAGUAUAUCAAGUGACUGCAGCUUGCAAGGGAAAAAAGAAAUCUUAUCAGAGACAAGACCUUUAAAAAACCCAACAACCAGGAACUCUAUGGUUAAUAAUUAUAAGAUUAAUGGACCUUUAUCAACGAUACACAGUGACAAGAGAACAUUAAGUAGUAACAUUGAAACCUUGAGUACUCAAGUAUCAAAACCAGGACCUAAAUUGAAAGGUUUAAGCAUCAAAAGUAAAAGUAAAGCUUCUGUUGACAUGUCUAGAAAUUAUUCUGGAAAAGCUGAUGCUUAUGAUUGUAGAAAGUCAUCUCCACAGCCAUCUCCUAAACUCCUUACGAAGAGAUCCUCUAUGACUGACAAUUCAGAUUCACCAAGAGAACAGAAAAGUGGUAGUUCAGUUAUUCCAACUAUAAAUAAUGAUCAAAACCACAAAGCAAUACUUUCUUUACCUAAAGAUGAUCCUUCCAUCUCAGUAUUUACCGACAGCAGCAAUCACAAAGAAAUCUCUGAACAAAGUUUACAUAGACCUAAAGGAAAACACGAAGGUUAUGGAUAUUCUGAAAAGAUCUCUAACAUUGAUGUGGAUGAUAACUUGGAAAACAAUAUCAAAAGUAUAGCAAAGAAUCAGCUGGAAGCACAAACCAAUGUGUGCCCUAAAAAAGUAGCUGAGACUCUCAAAGACAAUACUGUAAAACAAAUACAUAAGGCACUUGCAAACAAUUAUAUUACAAAUCAAAAUGAUUUACAGUCAGUGAUUUCAACUGCAGUCCAUGAAGAGCAGAUUGAAACACCUGAUAUCCAGCGUACAUUUAUGGAAGUAAAGUUGUCAAACUCCUCUCCAUCAGGUCUUUAUUAUUCUUCAUCAACAAAAGAAAUAGAGAGUAACAGAGCUGUAAUGUUGCCAGUUGACCAGUGUGCAUCUGACAAAUCUAAGCUCAAACGUGAUAUUACUGUUGUUGAAAAGCUAAUUAUUAUAGCUAAACCAGUUACUAGAACUAAUUCAAUGCCAACACAACCAUUUAAUGUUUCAGAUCCUGAGACCACACAGAGGAACAGAGGGGUUACAGAUGGGCAUCCUAUUCCUCAGACAUCAGAUCAGUGCAUGUUUGACUGUAAUCCUCAAGAAGUAUUCUUGAAAAAAACAAAUGGUAAUCAUGAGAAUGAACAGAAUUUAGCCAAUGGGAAACAAGAGAUGAAGCCUACAAAACAUUUUCAGAAAUCAGCAGAAGAAAGCCAGUUUAUUAGUCAAAAGAGUUCACUUCGGAGUGACACUUUGAGAAGUAUUAAAAGAAAUUAUUAUUAUGAACUGUACUGGCCCCAUGAUGCUUCCUCUAAUUUCACUGUGAAGCAGAGGAUUAAAUCUUUUGAAAACCUUGCAAAUUUUGAUAAGAGUAUAAUGAAAGUUAUUGAUAUAAGUUCCUCACCACUUGUUUCCAAAUCACCUUUGAGUAGAAGGUCUUCUGGUUUUGUGUCAUCAAAUGCAAAUUUGGACGAUCCCUCUAGAUUUUUGAGGCGCAGUUUAAGCUCCUGCUGUGACAGCCAAAGUGAAGUGACCUUAGCAUCUCAAAUAAAAAAAUCUCCUUCAAGUGUAGCCUUAACAUACACUGAAAACAAUACAGCAGAUAUUGUAAAAGAAAUCCCUCCCAUCCAGAAAAAUGAGAUCAAGGAACAUGAAAACAUCUCUCAGCCAACACAGAUAAGAAAAAGCAGAUCUUCUGGAAGCCAUUUACGGCAGUCAUCAUUGUCUCGAUCUAAACUAAGAGAGCUGAGAGCGUUGAGUAUGCCAGAUCUGGACAAGUUGUGUAGUGAGGACUUUACAGUUGAUUCAAAGGUCCCUCAAUAUAAAACAGAACUUGAGAUUACACCUAGAAGAUCAUUAGGUACAGAAAACACAUCCAGUCAACAUGAUGCUCCUGCAACUGUAGAAAAUGUAAAGCUUAACAGGCUAGCCAGAGAGGCCAGUUCUAGCACACCAGGAUCAGCCUCUGAUGAAGAAGUUAAACAAGAUGGGAGCCUUUCUAGAAAAACAUGGGCAAUAAGCUUGGAUCAACUCAGCGUCUCAACCCGGGACCAACAAAAGCUGCAGGCUGUUUUGACUUCUGUGCUGUCCAAAUCCGAUAUUAUAACUCUAAUUCAAGAAGCAAAAGACCAAGCUGAGAGGAAAGAAGAUGUCUACUUUGUGGUGCUGAAUAAAGAAGACGGAGCAGGGCUGGGAUUUAGUGUUGCCGGAGGAAUAGACCUGGAACAGAAAGCUGUCACUGUACACAGAGUCUUUUCAAAAGCUGCAUCCCGUGAAACAAUCAUUGAAAGAGGUGACCGCAUAUUGUCCAUCAAUGGCUGCAGUUUACACGGUUCCGCCCACGGGGAUGCCCUUAGUGCGCUGCAUAGAGCUAAGCUGCACAGAGAAGCAGUCGUUGUGAUCAAAAAGGAACGAGAUGGAGAAUGGCCUUGCAGACGAGACACGUCUACUGCUAAGGGAAGAACUUCAACAUCUGGAAAGGAUGUCUCUAUGGCAACAGGACCAGAUAAUAUAGACUUGCGUGAUGCAAUAUGUGUGGAACUUCAGAAGACCUCUGCUGGACUGGGGUUCAGCCUUGAUGGAGGAAAGGCCUCAAUUUAUGGAGACAGGCCACUUUUUAUAAAAAGAAUAUUUAAAGGUGGAGCUGCUGAGCAGGCAGGAAAAAUUGAAGCAGGCGAUGAAGUUAUUGCCAUUGGUGGAAAAGCCUUGCUCGGCCUUAUGCAUUACGACGCCUGGAAUAUCAUUAAAGCAGUUCCUGAAGGGCCCGUUAAGUUAUUGAUCAGAAAGCACCGGACUGCUGUGUGACAAUGACUGAUAAAUAUCUCUUGAAGUGCUGUUGAAGUGUUUUUGCCAGGGAUAAUUAUUGCCCUUAUAACGCAAAGUAAAACUAUUUUACAAUGUAAAUUCAUUAUUUAUUUUGUCCAGUUUUCUUAUAAGCUCAUUCUAAAUAAAAAGUGUAUUUUUCCACUAAAGUACGUUCUGCAUGAUCCAGAACUCUGACUAUUCAACAUUCUACACAGUGAUUAAUUUGUCUAAGCAAAUGUUAGUGAGCAGUUUAAAAAUGCUUUAAAAUAAUUUAUUGCGUAUGGGAGAGCAGUGCAGUUAAUCCAUUUAUUGGUGCAUGACAUACAUGGACAGCAUUUGUGAACUGCCUAUAUACAAACGCUUGGCAGUUAAUAAGGUUGCAAGUAUCUUGCAUUAUAUACUUGGUAAAGAAAACAAAUAUAUGUUGCUUUCUAUUCCUUUCUAAGAUUGUCUGCAGUUGUGGCUCUUUUGUUAAAUAUGAGAUUAGUUUCACGCCCCGUGCAAAUGUUGUUCAAUCGAAUAGAAUGAAUGUCAUCACCAUUAUGUGUAAGCAGCGUAAAAGGUUUUAAUACCACAAAAUAAAUAUGAUUUUUAAGGAAAGCAUUUAUGUUCUACAGACGGAUCCUGUGUGUACUUUUAUAAAAUGACUUUAAAAGGUUGGAAAUGUCAAAAUUGAUAUGUGCAUUUUAUUUUUAAAUAGAAACUUUUUUUAAAAUCUACUUCCAUUAGCAAAAAUACUUCCAGUGAACUUUAUUCGUUUUUUAGCAGCAUACACACAUAUGCUGUGAGGGCCGUGCACCGUUGUUCAAUCUCAGAGAGUCUAUGAAGACUUAAUUUGUGUCAUACAAGCCACUGCUGACUCUCUGUAAAAUUGCACUGUUUUAACACUGGUGCAUGGGCUCUCACAGUAUAUGUGCAUAUGCCACUGAAAAAAGUAACGUUUUAUUAGAAGCAUUUUUGCUAAUGAAAGUAUAUUGGAAAAAAUGUUCCUAUUUAAAAUUGAAAUGCACCCGUGCACAUUUCUAUCGCUUUAAGUGUUAUGACUGGGUGACAUUUUUUUCCCUUCAAACUCAGGGAACCCUGUUAGUAGUAAUCUCACCCUGAGAUUGUGCUGACCUUGCCCCCGUGUCAAAAUCAGUUUCUAGAUAGUGUCAGUCAGGAUAUCGUGAAGGGGUUAUCCUGUCUGUGGCUUCCUAAGAAAUGAUGAGCUUGGGAUGUGCUGAUAUCUAGUUUGUUUCUGUUCAGACAGGGAGAAAACUGUAUGAUUUCAUUAUAUUUAUCUCAUUCAGUGCAUCUUAGUGCAGAAAUAUGCAGGAGCCCAAUGUAAUUUAACCACUGGUGUGAAUCCCUUACAGAAAAAUGUUAUCAGACAAAUUCUAUUUUUUCUAGUCUUCAGUUGAGUAUAUUUUGUAAGAGAGUUUUAUCAAGGAGAUGAUCAGAUUAAGUGUUAAUAUUUGAGUGCUAGUGCACAAGACGUGCAACUUAUUAUCUUACCAAGUGCUGCAUGGCGCAUUUUUAAUAGGGAUGUGCAUCCAGAUCCUUCAUUAGGAUCCAAAUGAGAAAGAACGAGACAACUCGUGGCAUUCGGCUCUUUUUGGAGCAGGAUUUAUUCUUGUGAAAAGUGCGAGAUGGUUUUCACUUUACAACAGCGCUCCGGUCCCUAACCUGCUGUAUUAUUGGGGUAUUCCUGUAUUUGCCUGCCUUGCAAAUAAACCCCCAAAUCCUAAGCUUAUUAAACACCCUGCUGCUAGCAUGAACCACUCAAAAUAGUUCCACCCUCUUUGCCAAACCAAAGGUUUUAUCCCCUGGAUAUCGUCAUGCACAGAUGCACGUCCUAUCUCUAGUCUGCAUUUACUUAUGUAUCAUUUUCUGUGCUUUUUUUUACUGUAAUUCCUGUGAAUUUUAUCUCAUUCUGCUAGCUCAAUAUUUGUAUUUUGCCUCUCCAACAGUUCAUCAUUCCUUUCUUAGCUUAUCUCCCAUAUGCUGCCUUUUAACUCAAAGUUCUAUUCUUAUUGCCGUGACAACUAAAAGAUGUGCAGAUGAACAGAGAUUUCUCAAGACUUGCCUAAAGGUUUAUUGGCCCACAAGUGUGUGGCUAGUCCCUGUCAUGCAGCAGUAUGUGAGUUUCUGUAAUUUAGGUGAUAAACUAUAUGAGAUUAUUUUUAUCAAACUGAAAUUUACAAUCAAAUUAAUUUAUUAGAAAUAAAUAUAGAUAACGCAGCAGUGAUGUGCCUAACAAUAUAUCUAUUUUGUUUUACAAUAUUUUGGCAUAUUUUAAAAUAUGAGUAAAUAGUCCAUAAUUAAUUCUAGAAACAAAAUACUUCAACAUUUUAGUGAAUCCAAAAAGCAUUUGCUUCUAAUGUAGAUUUUCUAUAUAUUUAAUCUUCAGAUUAUUUUUUCAGCCAUAUAGGUUUAAAUAAGAAGAUUUAUUUUUACAAUUAGCAAAAUAUGUUUGUCAAAUGAACCAAAAAAAGUUGGAAUACCAUAAUAAAAGUAUGAUCAUAUUCAGCUGAUGAACUACUGUAUAUAGCAGAUGAAAUCACAUUUGCUGUAAUUUCUAAAUAUAGUUUUACAAAUUUAUAUAGCAAAAAGCUAUUGAGAUAUUUAGUAAUGAGGCAUAGGGAAAACAACCUGUGUAUGUGAAAACAGCGGCCAGAUUACAAGUGGUGCACCAAUUCGUUUUUUCACUGAAGUGCUAACUGCGCUUAAAUUAACAAAUUAUCGUGCCCUGACUAGUCUAGCGCGGGUGUUAAAAGUUAAAAGCAAAAAGUUAGUGAGCCAAAGACUGAGGCUAACUAACAUCAAUAUAUCAUGACCGCGCUAACUCCCUCUUCCCAAGACUUUUGUUGGGCACGCUAACCCGAAAACUGCGCUAGAUCAACUGCGCUAAAGCACUAUACUUCAUAUUCCUCUUCACUUGAAGAAAAUACUCUUUUUAUUUUUAAACAGAUAUUUCCAUAUAUAUAUAUAUAUAUAUAUAUAUAUAUAUAUGAAUUAUUAUUUUUUUAAAUAUAUAUCUAUACCUAUAUAUAUGUUUAUGAAUAUAUAUAUAUAUAUAUAUAUAUAUAUAUUAAUAUAGAUAGAUAUAUAAUUGUAUAUACAAAUAGAUAUAAAGAAAUAUCUUUUUAAAAAUAACAGGAAUUUCAAGUAUAUCUAUUCAAAACACGUUAAAACAAAUCAAAAUUGGAUAAAAAAAUUAUAUUGCAUGGAAGGGCUCAGAAGUGUAAAUAUUUGUCUUUAUAUGUGCUGCGCUAACCAUUCUCUGGUAUAUGUGAUUUACCAUGAACUUAUAAUAUCAAGUUGUGCGCUAAUACUGCUUAUUGUAUCCCGCACUAUCAUUAGCGCAGCUUUUGUAAUCUAGCCCAGUAUAUUUAUAAUUAUAUUGCUAUUAGAUUGCUUGGUUGAUUUAUUCAUCUAAAUGGUAUUUACAUAACGUGUCAUUUCCAUUGUUAAUAUCAUCACUAAUGAUAAUUUAUAUUGUUUUAGCUCCAUUAGACAGUCUUUACGCCACUCUUUCAUGUGAUAAUUAAUUGAAAACAGUUUUAUUUGUAUAUAACUGCACAGCAUAAGCUAGUGUACAUACAAACUCUUAUCAUGUGUUUCAAAUGCAAUAUAACCUGUUUACAUGUGAGUUCACUUAGUGAAAGUAUGGAUUUAAAAAGCUAUAUUGUUGCAUGUAAAUGAAUUGGAGUUAACAUAAAAUAAAAAUAAAUAUAUCAGAAUGUUUUAAUGCCAAUCAGUGAAAUGUCAAUACCUACAAACUCAAGUAAAAUGCAUGCAGGUGAACAUUGAAAGCAGAAAAAUAUUUUUACACCUAAAAAAGACCCAAAAGUUAUAUUUGUUUUGUAAGAAUUUGUAACUUAUGAAUUAGUGUAUUUUUUUUAUGUGAGUUUGCAUGUUACAAAUCACUUUUCAUAACCCUCUAAAUGUAUUAAAAUUGCUUAUUUUGUGGUUUAAUCAGAUCUCAGUUUUCCCACAUUUUUCAAAUUUAAUACGGUCCAAACAUUUUUUCUCAACAAGUAUCUGAUGUUUUCUCAAUAAGCCUCUGAUGAAGCGCAUGUACGCAUGCGCGAAACGCGUCAGAUAAUUGGGAGCACACCGCUUUUUGGUUUGGUUCUAAUACAAUAAACUUUUGGAUUUAACAGAUCGUUGGACUCAGAACCUUCUUUUCUUUCGUUAUCUGCAUUUCAGCAAGCUAAUCAGAACGUUCAUUUAUUAUUUACCCUGUAAUUUACAAAUAAAUAUAUUUCAUUUUAUACGUUUACAAGAUAUAAGACAUAGUCUCACUGUAUUUACAGGUAGUAUUAAUACAUUUGUUUGCCAAUUCUUUCUUUAAAAAAAUAAGUUUAAUUUAUCAUACAAUUUUUGGGUCAAACCCCCAUAAUCUAUUUUGAUACAUUAUGCUGUUACUCCAUUUAAGUACAAAUUGCAGAUCUACUAAAGGCAGCUUCAUAAUAUCAAUAGAUAAUCAGCCCAUUGGCUGCCAUAAAUGACCGCAACGUAUUGUAAAACAUGUAUAUACUGCAAUCGUUGGCAGUCAUGUUCCUAGAUAUGUUUUUACUAUUAAAAGUUUUUUUUCCCCUCUAGAUCUAUAUUUCGUGAAUAUUAUAUGAGAGAUUUGGGGUGUUUAAUUUUGGGCUUCACUGAAAUGCAAUUCUUGACAUUUAUAUUUUUGCAUUGAAAUACAAUUUCUGAAGAAUAAAUAUAGAUAUGUAUCACAAUAAUGUCUUAAUAUGACUACCUAUGUAAUUGUAUAACUUUGUUCUUCUCCAUUGCUGUCCCACCGGUUAGUUUGUGUAUAAGCAGAGUGUCCCAGUAUUUCCCAAACUAAACUCAGUUCUCUGUUGUUUUUAUUCAUUUGGUAGUGUCACUAUUGUAUUAUAUUGUAUAUUUUGUUUAUAUAAAACUUGUCAAUUUUUUGGAAAUGCCUCCUUGUACAUUACACAAAUCUGAGUGCAAUAACACAAAAUAGACUGUACAUUUUUAUGGCUGCUUUUUCUUCAACUAUGUAAAUCUGAUAUUGUUUCUAGUAAUUUUUCAAAAAAAAUAAAAGAUAAAAAUAAACACAGUAUUAUACAUUA